AUGCGACCUUCGACUCUUGUGUCCACUCUUCUUGUUGGAGGUGCCCGAAGCCUCUCAAACUAUCAACUCGUCGGGAAUUACUCCGGCGUCGCCUUUUUUAACAACUUCCAAUUCUUCUCCGACCCCGAUCCUACGGCAGGUUUCGUGAAGUAUGUGGACCAGGACACUGCAAAUUCGACUGGCCUCGCCGGCAUAGCUUCCAGCGACCAGUUCAAAGAUGUGGCCUACCUAGGUGUCGACUCUUCAUCGACCGUGCAGGCCGGAAGACCAUCGACUCGUAUCGAGUCUCAGAAUUCGUUCAACUCGUCCACUCUAUUCGUCACUGAUAUUCGUCAUCACCCUGGUGGCGUUUGUGGCGUCUGGAGCGCUUACUGGCUUGUUGGUCCUAACUGGCCAUAUGGUGGUGAGAUCGACCUGCUCGAGAACAUCAAUCUUGCGACCACGAACAAGUAUGUGUUGCAUACUGGAAGCAAUCUUGCCGUCUCGAACUUCAGCGAUCCUACCGUUGCCAGCUCUACUGGCAUGAACAUCAACGGUCAUUUCAGUAACCUCAACUGCUCUGCAGCUGCUGAGGGCAAUAUUGGGUGCGUUGUCGAAGGCCAGAAUAACACCUUUGGUUCUGAGUUCAACGCCAAUGGCGGAGGUGUCAUCGCUCUGGAAUAUUUGCCCGAAGCCAUCUCGGUUUGGCAAUUUGGACGAACCGAGAUUCCUGGUGACAUCUUUCAUGGCACUCCGAUUCCGUCGACCUGGCGUCGUCCAGAUGCCCAUUUUAUGGCGGGUGAUGGUUUGUCCCUCGAGGACUUCUUCUAUUCACUGAGAAUGGUCUUCAACACAGAUAUCUGCGGGUCUUGGAUCGACAAGCUAUGGCAGACAAGUGAGUGCGCUGCUCUGGCUCCUUCCUGCGCAGCAUAUGCCGCACAGAAUCCUGCUGCCUUCAAAGAAGCGUACUGGCUCAUUGGGGGAGUUCAAGUCUACCAGCCUGUCGCCAGUGAUGCAAGCGCAACUGGGAUCACUGUGGUUCCCGUUGCGAACUCGAUCUCCAAUCCCAGCUAUCGUCGUCAUGUUCGUCGAUUCUCGCAAGGCCAUGUCUGGUGA